GGCGCGGGAAACACCCCCGCGUUGGUGAACAGUUUGUUGACUUCGCUGUGCAACAUUUCGCCCUUCUUUAGGGGCGCGGGAAACACCCCCGCGUUGGUGAACAGUUUGUUGACUUCGCUGUGCAACAUUUCGCCCUUCUUUAGGGCUCCGUCGCGCGUGGUGCGCGUGGUGAGUCCCUUGAGCGGGGGUUUCGAGGGUUUGGAAGGAGUGGAUAUUUUCGAAAGGGUUUUGAGAAGUAUCAAAAAAGAAAAUAGUGUUUUGAAAGCUUUGGUGGUUACGCAAACCCUCGAGGGUUUGCUGCCUGCAGCAGAAAGAGGAGACAUUUACCUCCAGUUCCCCACCAAGGCCCAGGCCGACAAGUGCAUUCUCUCGUUUAGCGGGCGGCUGUUUGAGGGGCGGCCUUUGCUGCUGGAGCGCUUCAACGAAGCAGUGUGGGGCCAAAGCAUGCAGCAGCACGGGUUGUCUCUUGUUGCUGCGCUGCUGCGGAAGUUUGUGGGAGAGGCAGAGCAGCAGCAGCAGCAGCAGCAGCAGCAGCAGCAGCGGCAGCAGAAGCAGCUGCAGCAGCAGAAGCAGCUGCAGCAGCAGCAGCAGCAGCUUGCGCAGCCGCUGAAGCAGCAGCAGCAGAAGCAACAGCCGCAGCAGCAACAGCAGCUCCAGAAGCAGGAGCUGCAGCAGGAACAGCAGCAGCAGCAGCAGCAGCAGCAGCAGCAGCAGCAGCAGCAGCAAGUGGAGAUAGAGAAGCUGGAGGUUCAAGGAGACUGA